CAAGACACUCCCUGCUCAACAGACAGACUUUGUUACUAAACGACAGCGUUUUAAAAAUGAACUACAAGAAACAGGGCGUCAGUAGCAGCUUCUCUUCAUUAAUUUCUCCAGGAGACGACAAAACUAUUCUUCUUCAAUAAAUCUGAAUGCUUGACAAAACUCCAGAAAGUCCGAAGCAGCUGUAAAAUGAUCCAUAAGAGGCAUCAAGAAAUCGCUGCAGAACUGAAACUUCUAAAUAAACCAGAAUAUGUCUGCCUUCAUUAAGAAACAGACUUGACUGGAAACAGAUGACCUGAACACUAAGGAGUGUGGCAGGCCAUAAAGUCAGAGGAGGAAACGUUUUCUUCUUUCUGAGAAGUCUCAUCAGCACUUUCACAAUGAUUUCCAGUUUAAAACAUACUUUUAUUAUUACUACUGUUUUCUUCCUGGAUAUUGAAAUGUACAUUUGCACAUGUGCACGAGCUGAAUAUGAAAUAGACGGAGAAUGCUGUCCCAUGUGUCCACCAGGAAGCUGUGUUUUUAGACAUUGCACUGAAUUCACCAGCACAACAUGCAAACAAUGUGUUGGUUUAACUUACACUGAUGAACCCAACGGCCUUGCAAACUGCAUUAGCUGUACGGUGUGUGAUGUUGGACAGGGAUUAAGAGUAAAAACGGCCUGUACACUGACUUCAGAUACAGUUUGUGAGCCGCUGGAGGGAUUUUACUGUACUGAUGAAUACAGUGUCAGCUGCAGAUAUGCAGUGGAACAUACAAAAUGUAGCCCCGGACAAUACAUAAAGCAGAAAGGAACAGCAUUAAAAGAUGCUGAAUGUACAGAGUGUGCAGAUGGGACCUACUCCAAUGGCUCCCUUCAAAUUUGUAAACCACAUUCAUCGUGUGAAGAUUUUGAACUUACAGAAAUAACAAAAGGGACAAAUUCUUUGGAUGUUGAAUGUGGAAAAAAACUUCCAGUAGCUCUAAUAGCUGGAGUCUCCCUAGUUAUAGUGGUAGUUUUGGUUGGAUUUCUUAUUGCUAUUGUGAGAAUGCGAAGGAAAUGCCAACUUGGAGACAGUACUUAGAGGAAAUCAAGACACGAGCCAGAUGGAAGUGCUGCUUUAUGUUUACAGAAAGGAGACAUGUGUUUUUAAUCACACUGAUCAUGGGGCUUCUCCAGUUGAAGAUGACCAUGGAAAACAGUUAUGUGAUCCACUGGAGCAAGAGCUCACAAACAUUAGAAGUGCUGUAAUCUGAUCGUGGAUAUUAUUUCUUGAAUCAUGCAUGGGAUGGUAAAACAUAUUCAGGGCAACUUUUCUUUAACGCAGAUGAACAACAUCUUUCUUCAUUAAAGAAAAAAAUUAAAAAAGGCUUCUUGAAACAUGUAGGGACUAAUAGACCAACUGUUUUGACCUGUUUCAGUCAUAUUUAUGACCAUCAGUUUUGACCACUUGAAUGGAACCAAUGCAUGCAAACUUGUAUAUAGAGAUCCGCAGUCAGCACAGAUGUUGCCAUUGUAAUAUCUAACAAUAGCAGACAUUUGCAUUUAAUCCACAGUCCAUCUCAAUACAGUAUACCAGUGAGAGUCUGAUGGUUGUAAAGUGUCCUGUUUGUACUUCGUAGCCGGAUGGGCUGACAAAAUGAAAAUUAAAAAUACAUUUUCUCAACUCUGUCCUGGUAAGGCAACAGCUCAAUUCAUCAAAUUUUAUAAAUAGAGCCAAUUUGGUUUGGCAAAGUUACAAGCUAAACCCCAGUGAAUUGUGUAGCAUAGGUGGAUAAUGAGGAGCUCUUUUCCAAAACGCUAUAAAUCCAUUUUAAUAGUUUUUAUGAAAAUGACUUUUUUACCUAGACCCACACUUUUUUUUUUAUAUUCAAUGUAUCCUGUUAAAAUGGUCUGUUGGCUCAGUCUGAACAUGUUAAACAGUGAUUGCUAAAUGAAACAACAAUUUUGUUUCUUUUUAUUUUUUGCCAAAACGCUAUAAAUCCAUCCUUUAUUGGAAACAUGCAACAUAUGACAUCAUGGAAACAAAUAACUUCCAAAUAAAAUACAUAGUAACAUAAAAUACAUAGUAAAAAAUAAAUAUUUUUAAUUUCAGGUUUCAAUAUUGUCCACCACAUAAAACAAAUAAUUUAAAAAUAACACACAAACAACACUAAUUAAAUAAAUAUACAACAAUGUUAACAAUAAAUUCCAAUCACUUAGUAACCCAUUUAAGCUAUACUGUACAAAGAGUAACGAUAGUAAUGAUAAUAUUCAACAGGCAACUUAUUUAGUAAUACAUUCAAAGUCAUUUUUUUAGGUUCACAACACAGCAAAAUGACAUGACAAACUGUUUUUUUUUUUUUUUUUUUUUUUGGAAAAGAGCUCUUCAUAUGUAGAUUUGAAAUAUUUAUUU